AGAGAGAGAGAAGGGAGAAGAGAGGGGAAGACGCUUAUGAUUGACAGAAGCCAAGCUCCAGGUCAGAGUCAGGAGCCUGAGGGCUGAGCCGGGCUGCCCGGGCUGGAAACGUCCCGGAAUCAACUGGGUGGCGCAGCCGAUCUAGCCCUCCCUCCAAGGACAUGAGAUGCCAGCGUGCAGCCAGUCCCUAUACAGAAAGUCCCCGGCACUUUAGGCCCCUCGUUUUUUUCAAGAGUCACACAGGCUUUCUUCUCCGCGCGAAAUCCAAACAACUGGCAGUUCAGGCGCAUCGCGCACCGCGCACAGCGCACCACGCGCGUCCUGGGUCCCCGCACCCUUGGCGCCCCCAUCUGAUCACCUCACUUGGAACGGGUCAAAGAGUUGAGUCAAGUUGUGUGGGGGGGGGGGGGUUCCCUAAGCAUCAGAUUCAGAGAAGAAAGGUACCCUCCACCCCCAGCAGCCACGGAGGAUGCAGAAGGUGGAUCAAAGAGCUAAAACUGGGAAACGAAAGCUUGCACCUUGUCAGGGUGCAGGAUCGGCAGGAGACAGGAGAGUUCAGGCGGACUUCUGCAGCCCAAGGGCUGAGGCUCAGCAGGGCAGGCUCUUGAGCUCCGAAGAAAAGCAAACCAUUCUCCCAGGUCCUCCCGGAUUCCGACCGCCCUUUUAGCAAACUCUGUCCCCUGGUGCACUAAACUUCGCUCGGGGCGCGGGGUAAGGGUGUCGCUCUCUGGCUGCUCCCGAGCAGCGGCGCCGCAAGGGUUAAGCUAGCCUGUCCCAGCUGACAGUCAGCUGAUUGGGCUGUGAUUGACAGCUCCGAAAAGUUUCCUUGUUUCUAUACUAUUAUGCUAAUCGCGGCCGCUCUCGCCGCCUCCCAUUGGCGGAGAGUGCCAGUCAAUUUCCCAUUUGAGCCUGACGUCACGGGUGCUAUAAAACUCAGCAAUUGCUUUAAACUCUUCUCGCUGGAUCAGAGGCUUUAAAAUAUUUUUUCAUCUUGGAGCUGUAGCUCAGGCUGCUCGUCCGCCCGGCCUCUUCCCCCCACCCUUCUGCUCUCGGCUUUGCCUUGGCUCAGGACUUUGCAAUUUUGCUUUAAAACAAGCGAGAGAGAGAAGGAAAAAAAAAACCAAAAUCAAAAAACAAAAAAAAAAAGCAAGAAAGAACUAAACUCCCCCCUCCCCUGCCUCCAGCCGGCCUGCACCUCGGUCUUGCACUUUGCACGGAGAGGGUGAGAGAGAGAGAGAGAGAGAGAGAGCGCGCACGCGAGAGAUCCGGAGAGAGAAAAGAAAAUCAUAACAGUAACCCUAAGAGCCAGGCAGAAGAGGAGAGAAGCGUGAAGUGUUAAGUAGCCGGUGCCGAGGCCCGCGCCUCCGGGACAGCCACCCGCCGCGCCGCACAGCCCCGGAGCAGCAGCCGCGCGCGCCCCGCCUGCAGCCCGGCCGGCUUAGGCGAGCCCUCCUUAUGCAAAGCGCGCAGCGGAGCGGCGAGCCGGGGACGCCGCGCACCGGGCCGGGCUCCUCCGGCAUCCUCUCCGCCGCCGUCAGCAGCACCGCCACCGCCGGCCGCGGAGGACCUUUCCGAGCCUGAAGCGCCCGGGAUCGGAGCUCUCGGGGAGGCGAGCAGGCGAGGAGGGGGCCCCCGGGGCGAGCGGGAGAGAGAGAGCAAGAGAGAGAAAGAGAGAGAGAGAGAGAGCACAUUGGCGUGAGCAGGGGGGAGGGAGGGCGGGCGCGGGGGGCUGCGGGCAGGGCGGGGGGUGUGUGCGCGCUCGAGCUUUCGGGCCACAGCCACCGCCGCGCGAGCUAGAAGCGCCCCAGCCCGGCAAGCUGGCUCACCCGCUGGCCACCCAGCACAGCCCGCUGGCCCCUCUCCUGCAGCCCAUCUGGCGGAGCGGCGGCGGCGGCGGCGGCGGCGGCGGAGGCAGGAGGAUGGCUUCAGAACUGGCAAUGAACAAUUCCGACCUGCCCACCAGUCCCCUGGCCAUGGAAUAUGUUAAUGACUUCGAUCUGAUGAAGUUUGAAGUGAAAAAGGAACCGGUGGAGACCGACCGCAUCAUCAGCCAGUGCGGCCGUCUCAUCGCCGGGGGCUCGCUGUCCUCCACCCCCAUGAGCACGCCCUGCAGCUCGGUGCCCCCGUCCCCCAGCUUCUCGGCGCCCAGCCCGGGCUCGGGCAGCGAGCAGAAGGCGCACCUGGAAGACUACUACUGGAUGACCGGCUACCCGCAGCAGCUCAACCCGGAGGCGCUGGGCUUCAGCCCGGAGGACGCGGUCGAGGCGCUCAUCAGCAACAGCCACCAGCUCCAGGGUGGCUUCGAUGGCUACGCGCGGGGAGCGCAGCAGCUGGCCGCGGCCGCGGGGGCCGGCACCGGAGCCUCCCUGGGCGGCAGCGGAGAGGAGAUGGGGCCCGCCGCCGCCGUGGUGUCCGCCGUGAUCGCCGCGGCCGCCGCGCAGAGUGGCGCGGCCCCGCACUAUCACCACCACCACCACCACGCCGCGGGCCACCACCACCACCCGACGGCCGGCGCCCCGGGAGCCGCGGGCGGCGCGUCCGCCUCUGCGGGCGGCGCGGGAGGCGCGGGCGGCGGCGGCCCGGCCAGCGCCGGGGGCGGCGGCGGCGGCGGAGGCGGCGGGGGCGCGGCGGGGGCGGGGGGCGCCCUGCACCCGCACCACGCCGCCGGCGGCCUGCACUUCGACGACCGCUUCUCGGACGAGCAGCUGGUGACCAUGUCGGUGCGCGAGCUGAACCGGCAGCUGCGCGGGGUCAGCAAGGAGGAGGUGAUCCGACUGAAGCAGAAGAGGCGGACCCUGAAAAACCGCGGCUAUGCCCAGUCCUGCCGCUUCAAGAGGGUGCAGCAGAGACACGUCCUGGAGUCAGAGAAGAACCAGCUGCUGCAGCAGGUCGACCACCUCAAGCAGGAGAUCUCCAGGCUGGUACGCGAAAGGGACGCCUACAAGGAGAAAUACGAGAAGUUGGUGAGCAGCGGGUUCCGAGAAAACGGCUCGAGCAGCGACAACCCGUCCUCUCCCGAAUUUUUCAUGCCUCCCUGGAAAUUACCCACAGUAGACAAAGCCAACACUGUUUUGAAAAUACAGCUAAACACAAUGACUUUUGUCUUAUUUUUUUUUUAAUGUUUUUUCUUUUUUCUUUCUUUUCUUUUUCUUUUCUUUUCUUUUUUUUUUUAAGAACAACAAGAUAAUAUUGCAACUAAUACUGAAGGCCUGAUAUCUAAGGAAACAGGUAGUUCCCCAGGCUGGUGGAUUCUAGCUGGUUUCUCGUGGUCUUUCCUGGAUGUUUUACACAGAGUACAGGACACUGUUUGCAGCUGUUUACAGUUGUGUUGCUUUCUCCUGAUGAGUUUCAGUGUGAGUCCUCCAAAAACAUGGUUGUGCUUGACAGAAAUCUUAAUUGCAAAACUUCUCUCCUAGGCUGUAAGUUAGCCAACCUCAGCAUUAGAGCUUUUUGUUUCUCUAAUUACAGCCAUAAGAUAGACACAUAUCACACAUCUGGAGAGGAGGAAAUGGGGAUGCCACUUGGACCAAAAGCUCAGCACCGGAAGGAAGAGUUUAGGCAAAUAUAUUCUUAGAAUAAGAGUGACAUUCAUAACACAAUAGCUGCAGCUAUUUAUCAGAGUGGGACCUUGGUUGUGGUGGGGGGGUAGGUACAGUUAUGUAAUAAUUAAACAUCUUGGUAGAAUUCUAUAAGUCAGUUCAAUAUUAGAAACCAGUUUGGGCCCCUAGAUACUAGAAAAUAAAACAGCGGCAUCAGAAUGAAAUGAGGCUGAGUGACUGGCUUAGAGGAAAAGUUAACCUGCACUGAAAAGCACUUUUAGAUAUGAUGAAACUUUGGAAGAUAAUAAACACACACACAGAACAUAUCCUGUCGAAAUGCCCAUUAUUACUAAUUGAUUCCUAAAUUUUAAAACAAAGGAAGGAAAGAAAGAGAAACAAAAUCAAAUAGGAAAGUCCAGCUUUCCCCUUUACACUGCAUUUGUCUAAAUAGUGUUAAAAUUCCUUUCAUUCCAAUAAUGGAGCAGCCCACUGACGAGUCAGCGUCAUCAUUAGGAUAGGCCACAUUUGGGAAGCCUGACCACAUGUGCCCAAUGUAUUUAGAAGACGCGAGAUACACAUAAGAUAUAUGUGAGCUGUACAUUAAAAAAUUAUUUGUGGUUUUGGAGAAUGAUUUCCAUUUCCUGCCCUUUCUAAAGAAAAGUGACUGUGUUAGAGAAAAAGGCUAAUGAAUAUGGAACCACCGCACUAUACACUUAACUGCCCUUAAUUGUGAGAGCGACUCAAAGGCCCACAGGAAAGGGCCCCUGCACUUCUCCAUGUACCAGGCACACCACCGAACAGGUGUGACAGCUUUCAACCUGUAAUAGCAGUUUGAAACAUCUACUGAAAUUAGAAUCUCUGUGUGUAUGUGUGUGUGUGUGUGUGUGUUCAUGUGUGAUACAAAUACACCUGUGAAGAAAACUUUCCCCAAAGCAAACAUCUAGCAUUUUAAAAGAAAAAUUUAGGCAUGCACAUUUUUAACAGAAUUUUUUUCAUUUUUAAAAAUGAAAAAUUCUUUCCUGGCAAAGAAUUGUACUAAGAAACAAACAAACAAACAAACAAAAAAGCAAGAAUUUGAUUUUUCUUCCCAAAUGCAUACUGGGGGUAGCAGCUUUAUGUGAAUGAAGCAUCUUAGCUUUUCAAAGGCCCUGGUGAUGCUAGCAUUGACAAUUUCUAUGAUGUCAGGCAUGCUAUUUGUCAGACACAGCUGUAAAUGAAACCAAUGAGUGUCAAAAUACACUUAGUUAAACGCACACCCUAUGUAUGCUGCUUCCAUAUAUACGAUCUUUUAUUCUCUGAGACACUUGACAAAAAUCACUUCCUUUUCGUUUCCUGGCUUAUGUGGAGUUCUCCUUUAAGAAAAAUACAACCAAUUUCGCAACAUAUCUGAUAUAUAAUAUAUGGACAUCAAAUCGACCUAACCUCUGCCCUACGGAUGAAUCUGCCAUGCAGACAUUUACAGCUUGGUGUCAUAACCGCAGAGACCCUGUCCACACAGAUACUUCAAUGGGGACACGCGCCUUUUCCGCUGACUGCGUCUGGUGCUAGCCCCCUGUUCUUUCCUCCCCUUUCCCUUUACGCUAGUCUCUUUUAUGUGGUAACAUCAGUUCUAGUUGUUUGGGGGUCUCUUAAAUAGAAUUUCCUCUGGCCAAACCACCAAUGCUACUGUUAAAAGCAGCAGGAAGAGAAAAAAUGGUGGUCACCUUCAUGGGCAUGGCAUACAGCUUAGCUCUCUAGCCAGGCUCCCUGCAUUUCCUGGUCCGGUCACUUAAGUUGCUAAGGACACAUUCCGAAGCUUCGGAGCACAGAGAGAAAAUUCAGAGGCUUUGCUGCCUAGCUCUGCUCUGACUGAGGAAAAUCUACCUCCAUAUUUUUACAUUCUCAGCUUGAUAAAGUACUCCUGCUGUCUAUUGGAUCAUUCAAUAUUUUUAAAAGUCUGAUUAUGGCUCUGGCAUAUCUGGAAUUUUUUUUCUCUCCCCCUUGGAGUGAAAGAGAAAGGAAGAUGAAAAAUCGUGAGUGACAGCCUUCAGACAUCUGACCACUGUGUCCAAAAAUUUCCCACUGCUGCUCUAGACCUGAGAGCCCUUACAGUCAGUCAGCGAGAGACUCUCAGAAGUCAGCCCUUGCAACACCCUUUGGGGGGAUAAUUUGUACGACUUCCCACUGUGAUUGACUUAUAUUUGAUUAGAAAAAUAACAAUUUAGCUCCGUUCUUGGAAGAGGCACUGUCCUUUAGUUUUUGUUGUUUGGGGGAUUUAGGCAAGUUUUCUCUGAAGAUGAAGGCUGUGAUUUCUACCACUUCAGUUUAUUUCUCAAGAUACUGAAUGAAUAGUCUAGAGUCUAUACUUGCCUUCAAAACCCUGAAGAUUAUUUUUUGCUUUUAGCUGAUCCUCAAAGAUGCCUCUAAGAUGUAAGGCAGUCGUAGUGGACAAGGACAGAGUCCAGAGUCCUGUUAUUGAAACCAGGAUUUGUUUUUGAAUUUGUCUAACACAGGAAAACUUUUAAUCCACCUUCUCAAGAGAUAUCUUUUCUCACUUUUAAUACAAACCUUUAAAAUGCCAUUAUUAAAAGCCCCCAGAAAAGGAAAAUUCUCCCCAGGCUUUGCUCCAUUUAUAGUUCUGAACAAACUGGCCCCUUUCUGGCAUUUUUUUUUCUCUCGCCAGAAGUUGGAGAGGCGGUGAAGGAAUCUUAUGUUAUAGGGUUGGCUUGUGGUUGCUGGGGACAUAAAGCAACGCAGUCUUAAGACAAACUGAGGGCCUUGUUACCCUCCAGAGACGGCUGACAAAAAAGAAUAAGCAAGAUCAAAUUGCGCUGUACCAAGGAUAGAAUAGUGCAGGAACUUGCAGCAGCUGUAGGAGGUGAGAAGGGAGGAAGACUUCAAAGGCAAGGAUCCCCAGAAUAAAUAAUUUCAAGGGCUUUCACCUGCUCAGAGGCCAAAAUCAGUUCCAGCAUACACUUAAGGCAGGGCUCAUUCACACUCUGCUUCUCUAACAGAAUAUGCGCACAAGCUUUUGUUGUUGUUUGUUAAGUGGAGAUCCAAAGGGGAUCCAAAGUUUCGAGGAAAUCAUUAGUGUCUUAAUUGGAGGGAGCAUUUAUGAAUGUAUUUAGUUGUUUGUUUGAAAGUUGUGACAUUUUGGGCCAGGCAGACACUAUCCCCAAUAUUUGUUCAUACACUGCACUAGGUUUUAUGACAUCUACUGAUAAAUUUGAAAGCCGUGUGUACGUGCAUGUUUGUGUGUACGUGUGUGUGUGUGUGUGUGUGUGUGUGUGUGUGUGUGUGAAGGGGGGAACACAAGAGGAAGAUCUGCCCAAAAGAACAAGACUGAGGUAGAAAGCACACAUCAACAACACACAGAAAUCAAAUGUUUAUAUGAAUGUGCAUGAGUUGGACGGCUCUAAGAAACUCCCCAAACACAUUUUCCAGAGGGAGGCUGUGAUAGGAAUGUGGAGUUCCUCCCUGAAAUCAGAGGGGGCAUAGGAUGAGCACCUCCUCCUGAAUCCAGCACGACUCAACUUUUUUUGUUUUCUUCAUUUCUAUGUAAUCACAAAUGACCCCCUAGUAGACUUUAGAUUACAACAUCACAUUCCUCCCCUCUGCACAGAUUUAUCUUGAAUUUUUAGUUGCCAUUAGAAAGGGACAUUAAUUCAAGAAAGGGGACUGGGGUGGGGUGCCUCCCUGCUUUGGAACAAAAAGACAGGGAGGAAGGGAAGCAGUCAAACAGUCUUCAGGGCUCAAUUUUCCCCCACCCUCACUCCAAGCCUGGCCUGGCUGAUUCUGUUCCUAGAUUUCUCAGUUGGAAUCUGUUCUGAGUCCCAGCUUUGCCUGCUUCCAAAAUGAGCCCUUAGAGGAAGGUGUUUCCUCGUGCUCAGUUUAGAGAAGCUGCCAUACCUUGCAGAACUAGGCAGGAAGAAAAAUGUCAUGGACCACUGUGAAGCACACUGUGACCUGUGAAUCGGGACAAGGGUACACAUCCCGUUUGCAGACAGUAUUUGCCCAGGUUCUGUGUGACAGCAUCUACUUCUGGAAGCUUCUAGAAGUGGUUUGGACCUCCUGUGGGAACUUCAGCCGAAGAAACACAAACAUCUUGACAUCUGCAAGACAAUAGGGCAUUUUAAUCAAGGCUUAAAAUGCAGAGGGAAAGGAAGACACUGCAGCUGCUGGGGAAGGAAUUACUGACAAAGGCCAACCUUGAUCUAUGACCUCAAAUUGCCUAGGGUCAUCUCAGGUCUUGCUCAGGGACCCUCCCAAGAAGUAUGCUUGCAGGGAGCACUGAUAAAAGCCUGGCAAACCUCUAGGUCCUCUCUCCUACUAUCCCUACUCCAGCGGACACCCAUAUUGCUAAAAGUAGUAAGGCCCUUAGCACCAAGAUCGGGCCCCUUACCAACUGACCCAUGUCCCAUCCAGUGCCCACCUCCUAAAUGUCUGUACCCUCAGCUGGAAUACCAACACAGCAGGGCAUGAGAGAGUACCCCAGGGGGCAUGGUCUUCCAGCCAUGAGGCAACUAACCCCACCACAAGUGACCCUGGGAGCACUGUAUGUGCAGACACAGGCAGAGUGAAGAGGUGCAGUUCUCUGUAGAGAACUGAGCCUAGAGAUGCAUGGUUGCCCAAUGAAUACAGCUCUCUGUAGCUUGGAGCGAGCGAGCAGAAAGGCAGACAGGGAAAUGGCGGAUAAUGACCCUUUUCCCAGCAUCCACACAGUCGCUCUUCAUUCCUCAACACACCGCAAAGAGCUCUCAUCGGCCUCUACCUACUGAUACAUACAUCUUGCCUUGUGGGGACCAGCCACACAGCUGGACCCAAUUCCUAGCCAGUGUUAAAGGGAGUCAAGUGCUGGACACCUUCAGGGGGCUCCCUUGGCUGGUGAACAGCAGCUAGGAAUCUGCUAGAACCAAAGGCUGUCCCGGAAGCCAGGAUGGCUGCCUGUGGCCAGUGACUUCCUUAGAACCACCACAAAGUCCCUCGCUGCCCCGCCCCCAGCUACAGGCCUACUUGAAGUGCAGCUGGUGCAUGUUUGGGGACCAGGCACCAGUGUCACCCAGAAGGCAGCCUGGUGCUGGGAGCAUCAGCGGCAGCCGCAACCAGCUUGUCCCUGGGCUUCCUGCUAGGGCCAGUACCAGCAUCCCUGCAUGGAGCUCUGAUGCGCUUUAGAAUCUGGCUGAAGUUUUCCAGAGAGGGUGACUCUGGGUGGGGCAGACCAUCUACAGUUGGAGCUGCGCUGCUGGACCCCGAAGGGGGAAAGCUUGCUGCCAGAGCCUCUGCAUUCCACCUUGGAACUACAAUCUACCUUCCAACACCCCGAAACUUCCUGUAAACAAAAUGAGCAUUUCCAGAACUCUGGAGCAUCUGUGUUUUACUCUAUUCAUUUUCCAGAUUUUUUUUUCUUUGAUUAGACAGAAGAAGAAAAAAAAGUGGGGGCAGGAAGAAAAAAAACUAGGAAGCCAGUUUAAAAACCUUUGAUGUCUUUCUUUAUGCUUUGGACUUUACACGCUCUGUAACUGGGUGCCCCCUUACGGAAAAAGUGAGCUGAACAAGCUGUCUGAGGGUUUCUCCUGUGUUAGUUUGCUUUUCUGGAUCUAACACGAUGGCAGACAAACUGCAAGUACCUAGGAAUUGCCUCCACAGGGCAGACUUGAAAAAGAAACAUUUAGGGAUGGUUUUGGCCCAGGUACUCUCUUUCUCACAGGCCCUGCCCUUUUGGGAGGGGUGAAGUGAGGCAAUCUCCUGUGUCUUCAUGAACAAGUAUUCUAUAUUUUCACUCUCUGUUGUUCAGUAUUUUGACCAAAACAAGAAUUGUGCAUUACAGGAACUUCUAAUAGUGUUAGAUUAUUUUAAAAAUCCUUUCUGACAGGCCAGAAAAAUAGAAAAAAAAAAAAAAAGCUCAGUAGUAUCUAUACCAUACCAAAGCUGUUUUAAAACACACACUUGUGUUGUUCUGCUUUUAGAUAAUGAAUUCAAAAGAUUCUGGCCUCUGCCGUUUAUUUAUAAAUUCUGCCCCUUUAAAGUAACACAUUGAAGUGCAAAAGCCAUUUAAAGAUAAAUCUGCAGUUUCUACUCUAUGAAGUUAAGAUAGUCACAGGGGCAGAGUUCAUCUGUUUGUUCGGCCCUACAUGUGCAGAAGAGCGAGGCUUGCUUCGGCUUGUCUUCGAAAAGUGACACCCCCAACCCUCCCGCCUGACUAGAGCCAUUGUGAGACGCAACGCACAACCUGUGACAGAUUUUCUGGGUGCACUUCCCGCUUUCCGAUGCACUCACUGUGGUGUGAAGGGACUGAGCCCUUUUGAAAUGUUAACUUGAGCAUUGGUGCUCACUCUCAAGCUACUCAAACAACAACCUCUUCAGCGGGCAGGGGAAGAGGCUCUAUGCUGUCUGUCAGCCAUCUGGCCCCGAUUACGUGCUCAUGCUCCAGCUCAAACUCUCUUCUCUCACUUAUAUCAGAGACCCCUGGCCUCCCUCCUCUCCUGUGACGGGUCUAGGGAAAAAUAGCCACCGCAACAACAAAACAAACACCAAAGCAAGCAAGAAGGAAAGAAAAGAAGAAAGAAAACUGCACUGACUUUGUAUUUAGUUCAGGUGUGCAAACACCAAGGCCCCCUCCCACGAGCUUUGGAAAGUAAGUGCCUAAAUAACCAGAUAGGUUCCCCAGGUAGCCAAAGCAUAGAGGUCAUCUUGAGGAAAAUGACACCAACCAUCUAAAAAGGACAGCUACUUGAUGAGAUUUCGGGCAAGAUGCCAAAUAUUGCAUUUAAUGAAGCUGAUGCUUUUCCUCCAAAAAUAACAGAUCCUAUCAAUGACAGGGCCAGGAAGGACAGUGGGUAUGGAGGGGGGGACAUUUUUGCAAAGCCCACAUCCAGUUAUUGCUUUGUAAUAUUUUUCUAAAAUUGUAAAAUGCCCUGCAAGUAUUUGAGCUCGUGUAAAUCCUCCUUGUCAAAUCUUAACAUGUUUGCUAUCCUCCCGAAGGGUUGACGCCGAUAUUAUUCCUUCCAUGUCUCCUCAGCUUCAGUCUCCUUCCACUUACUUGCAUUUCUAUGAGACACUAUUGUUCCUAAAGACUUUUUUUUUUCUUAGAAGAGAAAGUUGUCCUGAAUUGGAAAUUUUAAUUUUUAUUAUUUUCUUUUGUUUUGAGAUGAGCUAUCUGAACUUCGAGUAAGGAACAGUUUAUCUUAAAGGCACACUUCCGGGUUUUGUGACAAUUUCAGCGUAUUUCUUGUUUCUUUUUUUACCCCUCUCCUCUCUGUAAAAAUACGUUUGUGAAAACUAAACAAGUGUAUCGUAAGGUUUUUUUUUUUGAAGGAUUUCAAUGGGAAACGCAAAUGAAAACAGGUGAUUAAUUUCUGAUAGUCUUGACAGGUACAAGGGCCGGGAUUUAUCCCAGCAUAUUCUUACACUUUAGAAAAAGAAAGAAAGAGAGAGAGAAAAAAAACAAAACAAACAUUUGAAAGAAUUAGGUAGGAAGCCCAGUGACAAUUUAAGUGAAAAUUACGCGUUUGGCUACAGCAGCCUAGGAAAUGGCUCACAGAAGGGGCGUUUUGUCCAUUUACUCUGACCAACUGUAAAGCAGCCUGGGUAGAAGCGCGGCAGAUUAGAGGAAAAUAACGAAAUAUCUUUGUUGUGGGGGAAAAUCCAGAAUGACUUACUAGUCUAUUGUAGUUAUUGUACACAGAUUUCCUGAAACCAUGUGGAAUCUUUUAAAUUAGAUUUUAAAUAUAUUUUGACAGCCUGGACUGGAACAGUGUGACAAUCUGUGGGAGGAAAUGACAGGUCUGUUUUGUUAUUAAGCUGCUGUCUAGAAAAUAUUAGGCUCUGUACAGCAAAUGAACACUAUUUUGCCACCCACAUUAGUAUAGCUAAUAGCAAUAGCAUUUUUCUCUUUCUUUCUUUCUUUCUUUCUUUCUUUCUUUCUUUCUUUCUUUUUUAGGUAAGCAUUUUGAAUUAUUGUGCUCUGUUAGUCAUUGUAAAACAAAAAGUCCUUAAAAAAAAAAAACCUUCCUUUUCAUUUCAUCAUUCUGAGUACUCCCGGCUACUAGUUCAAACAGAAAAAAAUAAAAAAUUAAAAAAAAAAUAAGCAGAGGGAAGAAAGACGUCUUAACGCUGGUAUUUGUUAAGAGGACACGUGUCAUGAUUGUCAGGAGUGUUAGCAAAACAAACCACAGAAAGGAAGGAGAGGGCAGAGUCUGGACUACCUGGCACCCAGUAAGUGCCCUCAGAGCUGAACCAAUGGGUGCUUUGAGGUUCUGGCAAUGGUAGAGACAAAGCCCAUCAGAAAUUGUUCAGAUUCCCCUUCUAUGACCCCAGGAUCACUUGGUUCCCUGUGAAUUAAGAACAGUUUUAAAGCUGACACACAGUGCCAGGCCAGUAGCAUCCCACUUUGAAGCCAUAAUCAAGAGGAGUCUUCCCUCGCACUGUGGACUGUUUCUUUCUGUUAGACCGUCCCUUGGUAGAGCACCAUGCAAGCUCAACUGCGAUGAGUUAUUCUUCUUUUAGUUCAUCUCUGUCCUUGUCAUAGAUAGUUAAGCUAUCUGCACAUACUGUCCUCCAAAGGCUCUUCCUGGAUAUUAAUCCCCCUUUGUUUAUUUUAAUAUAUUUACUGAAUCAGGUACCCAAGGGACUCUUCUACAUCUGUGAUGUGAGAAAAGCCGUUGCCCGAAGUCGAACAG